GGGCGGUGGCGUCACAAGCCAGGCCUCCCGCCGCCCGUCACGCCCAUGUGCUGGUCACGUCCGCUCUGCGCAUUCAGGAUUCCCCUCCAGUCAAAUCCCCAACCCCCUGGCCCAACCAAAACAUCGAUACGGCACUGACCUCAGCACGGUGACCUCGGCUCCUAACUUACCUCACUGUUGCUGUCUCUAUUUCUAUUGAAGUCCGCCGGGGCUGGGUAACCUGGCCGAGCUGACUUGCCUGGGUGGGUCAUCCUAAGCUGGGUUCUGGGUCAUUGGCCACCGCCCCCUCCCUGUAGAUUCGAGGCAGCAGCGCCAAUAACGGCAGUCACCCGCCCGCCGCGCUCCCUCCGGUAGCCACUGGCUGUCUGCAUCAUCCACACCAACCUCCUGUCAUCAUCGAUUUCUACGCCGCUUUCGCACAAAGAUUCACGCGCUCAGCAACACGCCGCUCCAACAUCCCGUCCACCCAGGAUCCUAAAUCCCCCCGCCGUCGGAUCCGGCAGUGCGCCGUCAUUCCUUUAGCCCCUCUCGCGACUUUGGAACAGCGGAACUAUCGAGACUGCCACAACGUGGCCUCAACAGGUAUAGGCACGAGUACAUCACCAUGGACAGCGCUGUCGCCGGCGCGGUGGACCUCGGUCGUUAUGGCCGCCGCAUAGUCCGGAUGAUCUGGGACCCCGAACCCACCAACAACCCAGCAUCCAACCGCCCUGUGUGGUGCUUGGGGUGCGAGUACACGCUUGAUCCUGGACAUAGACCUUCGGCCGCCUCCAGCCAGGCCAAGAAGGGUGCUGCCACGAACGACAACCCCGUUGCCGCCGCCCAGAUCGCGACCACACCCCCGGCCACCGACGCUCCGGAAGCCCCUCCCAAACCUCCCCAGACCGCCCCCACGCCUGCCACUCCGCCGGACUCCGUCUCUAGCAGCUUCGACUCGUCGCUGGCGUACGACGACAUCCCCGACGAUGGCGGCUGGCCCCCGGCAUUUCUCGACGAUUUCGAGUCCCGGAUCUGGGUUUCAUACCGGUCCGGCUUCCCGCCCAUUCCCAGGUCUACGGAUCCUGCCGCCACAUCACGCAUGUCCUUUGCCAUGCGUCUCAAGACAAUGACAGACCAACAGGCUGCAUUUACAACCGAUAGUGGGUGGGGGUGUAUGAUCCGGACUGGCCAAAGUCUGUUGGCGAACACGCUGCUCUCACACCGCCUUGGUCGCGGUUGGCGCCGAGGCGAGAAAUCGGAUGAGGAGCGGAAGCUCCUGUCCUUGUUCGCUGACGACCCCAGGGCGCCGUAUUCAAUCCACAAAUUUGUCGAGCACGGCGCGGCCAAGUGCGGCAAGUAUCCCGGAGAGUGGUUUGGUCCGUCAGCCACGGCCCGAUGUAUCGAGGCUUUAGCCAAUACCAACGAGAAGACGCUCCGCGUCUACUCGACGGGCGAUCUUCCUGACGUGUACGAGGACAGCUUCAUGGAAGUGGCUCGGCCGGAUGGCAAAACGUUCCAUCCCACAUUGAUCCUUGUCAGCACCCGACUGGGUAUCGACAAGAUAAACCAAGUAUACUGGGAGUCCCUGACGGCUACACUGCAGAUGCCACAGUCGGUUGGUAUAGCCGGUGGUCGACCAUCCUCGUCCCACUAUUUCGUAGGGGCGCAAAGGUCGGACGAAGACCAGGGGUCUAACCUAUUCUACCUGGAUCCGCACCAUACCCGACCGGCACUCCCCUAUUUCGACGACCCGCAGCUCUACACUCCCUCGGAUGUUGAUUCGUGUCAUACACGCCGGCUCCGUCGCCUCCACAUCCGCGAGAUGGACCCCAGUAUGCUCAUAGGGUUUUUAAUCACGGAUGAGGAGGACUGGGAGGUUUGGAAAGGCUCCGUCAGGUAUGUGCAGGGAAAGUCGAUCCUAACCGUAUCGGCCCACGAUCCCUCCAAGGGGUCGGCCUCGGAGCGGGCAUCGGCCAUCGACGAGGUCGAGACGCUAAGUGACGAUGAUGGUGACACCGUUUUGGAUGGGUAACCUUAUGUGGAGUUUGAUUGCUGGCUUACUUGCUCUCCUGGUAUGGUUCUGGGCUGGCGUCGGGCGCUUGGGCACGGAUGGCUUCCCACCCUGCCUGGUGGUAUUUCGGAUUUCCGGUGUGCAUUUUUAGGACGGGCGUGCGCCGCAUCACACGUGGCAGCAAUAGGGGUAAUGGGCAAGGCCAGAUAGCCUCGUGGGGCCCUGGGAUUCUAUCAUCUCUUUGACUUCUUUGCGCCCUUUGCACCUUUCGGUGAUGGGUGCUCUUCAGUCAGGUGAGCGAAUAGGGCAUUUCUGGAAGCAAACGAGUCUUUGCAUAUCGUGCA